AUGGUAACUGAAAAUGAGGAAUUUACGUGGCCAUGGCAAUACAACUUCCCUCCUUUCUUCACUCUCCAGCCCAAUGAAGAAACUCGUCGAAAACAGAUGGAUGCCUGGUGUCAGUUGGUGUUAAAUUACUUUCAAAACAAGAAGCAAACAAAUCUUGAUGUGUCAUCUCUAGUAACAAUACACAAAGACCUAUUUAGCAACCAGAAAAUCAAUCGCAAGGCUAAUUUGCAGCUUAUCCAAGCCAUUCUAGAUGAGCUUCAUCGCCGUGGCAACUUAGAAUGGAAUGAUAGAUCCCACAAGAGCGCCACAAUAGCCUGGCGUAAGGCAAGCAGUUGGGCGGCGGACAUUGAGAAAUGGGUGCGUUCAUCUGGUCGUGGGAACACUGUCUGCACAAUCUACGAGAUAAUCGAUGGUGACGAUACUGAGGGUGAAUCUUUCCAUGGAAUUGAUCAGACGGUGAUUAUGGAAGCACUCCGUUACCUCGAGAAACACGGCAAGGCGGAGAUUAUUGAUGGUGGCGAGGGUGUCAAGUUCUUUAUAUAA